GUGUGUUUCUAAUAUAAGUUGAUGUAAUUUCAUAAAUAAUAUCAAAUGAGAUACAUGAAAUUCAGCUACCAUUUAUAUCAGAAAUUCUUACAACAUUUCACUAUGUAAUGGAAUAUCAAAUUUAGGAUAAUCGAUUUACUUCCUGUUCGAAUUGGUCAACGUGUUUGAAUGAUUUUAUACGUACAAUGUAUUUGAUACUCUUUCACUAGUUUAAAAUCAUAAAAGUAAAGAUACUAUUUUCAUGUUUACAUUGAUCUUAUAAGUCGUUUCGGGGCUAUCUAGUAAGGUUUAAAUAGUCUUAAAAUAUUUUGGUCAUAAGUAUAACCAGGAUCAUCUUCUUCGUCCUCUAAAUAUCUACUUAAUUACCUUUAAAGAGAGGGAGAGAGAGAGAGAGAGAGAGAGAGACAGAUAGACAGACAGAGAGAGAGAGAGAGAGAGAGAGAGAGAGAGAGAGAGAGAGAGAAGAAUGACAGUAAGGUAUGUCUACUUUAAAGAAACAAAUGGAGAGAGUAUUUAGAGAAUUAUUUGGUGGAUAUCGGUAAUAUUAUUCACUAUUGUCCUUCACUAUCAUUAUUUCGUUUGUUGCCUUUUGUUAUAUUUAUCUGUAUCGCUUAACAAUACUUUAGUACAAUUAUUCAUAGAUCAUGUCCUCAUUUGAAGUAAGUCGAUCACAUUUUGGUAACGUAAAAUAUAUUAUGAACGUUUUCCACGCAAUUUUAGAAUUAUUCUAAAGGAAUCCAGUUGAUACGACGAGCCCUAUGGAUAUGAUGUACGCUGUACUUGUAUAUUUAGAAAACGGGGAUUGACAAAAACGGUAAAAAAUAAAUCACCGAAAUGGCAUACACUUAUUACCUCUUGCUCUACUCUAUUAAUUGGGUUGAUUUCGGCUGUGUUAGUGUAGGUAUCAAUACGUCGUUUCUCUAUAAUUGAACAUAAUUACUGGUUCAGAAAUCAGCUUUUAAAUCGGUGCAUUGCAAUUUUCUUUCUAGGCGAGCCGAAAAUGAAACAAUUGUCCAUCUCAUUUUUGUAACUUCUUUAGGACAGGCUUUUGCUUAAGCUUGUAAGUUAAUCUGAAAAUAUACUGGCACCACAAUUAUAUGCAGAAUAUCUAAAAAGAUGAGCGUUACUUAUGUUUAAUUACAUAUACAACACAAUAUACAAUAAUUGUAUUAAGCAUUAAACAUUUUAUGGUAUUUCUAACUUACAAAAUAGAAUAAUGAGAACAUGGUUUACUGAAGAGCAUGUGAUACAUACUAGUAUAUGAUGUACAGCUGAAACUUCACUUAGUAAGAUAUUCAGUUAGAUAAAAGUUAUACUUAAUCCUAAUGACAUGUGUGAGCAACGUAUCGAAACGAUUGAGAUACUUGGCAUUUCUGGCCUAAGAUUGUUUUAGAUAAGUAAUGGGAUUUCUUUUUCUAUUUAUGGAACCAUAAACAUGACUAUAGUGACGGUCAAUUCUAUAAAUUUUACUGACCAAUUAGUACAAUUGAUAGCAAACAUCAUCCGGGAUUUUUUUUUAAAAAACUGUUACUUAAAUUGCUAAAUUUAUAAUACCAUACCCAUUUCCAAUAAAUAAAUUUAAUGACUUAAGUAAAUACUUUCACGAACUUGACUUUUAAAGGACUGACACUUCCGUAACCAGAAACCACAGAUUGAAAAGCAAUCCCUUUAACAGAUUACACACAAUUAUGACUCUGUCGGUUAUUGUACAACUUUUCACUCUAGAUUUCAUUUUGGAAGAAUUGAGUCAAAUAGUGUAAACAUUAAAUUCGAUUAUAACUUUUCAUUUAAUUCUUAUUUGAUUUGUCAAAUUUAUUCGCGUUCAAUGAAAAAGUAUUUAAGUGAACUAGAAAACAAUCGCAGUUCAAAUGAUAAAUUAUUUAAUUAUGAAUGGGCUCGGUUUUGCUCAUUUCAAACAUACCCUAAAAGCAGUAUAGUAUCACCAGUGCGGUUAGCAAAAUCUGGAUUUUACUAUACCGGAAAUGGAGAUGAGGCUAUAUGUUUCUUCUGUCGAGUAAAUAUCAAGGAGUGGUCAGAGGAAGAGACGGUUGCAGAAACACAUCAUCGGUUAUCACCAAACUGUGAUUUAAUAAACGGUAGGCAAACAAGUAAUGUACCAAUACAUGCUCAGCAACGAAACAAAGAAUUUGCAAGCGGCGGACCUCAGGAUGUUCAGAGAGAAAACUAUGACCAUCGCAGAAGAAACAUGCCAAUACGCUCGAGUCAAAAUACAGAACACAAUUCAGAACUCACAGAAAACACAUCUAUAAAUAACGAAAGCACCACAUUACGAUGCAGCUAUCUAAAACAGGCUUCUGAUUAUCCUACUGAACAAAUUGAACGCUUUCCUGGUAUUACUAAUGAAAGACCAAAACAUCCGGAUUAUGCUUUGAAGAGCGAGAGAUUGUCAUCAUUCAGAAAGGGAACUUUAUUUGACAAUAUAACCCCUGAAACUUUAGCAGCUUCCGGAUUUUUCUAUACAGGUACUAAGGACAAUGUCAAGUGUUUCUUUUGUGGUGGUGAGCUUCGGGAUUGGAAACUAGGAGAUAACCCAUGGAUUGAGCAUGCUAGAUGGUUUCAUAACUGCGCGUAUGUUAAACAAUGCAAAGGAGUGGAGUUUGUUAACUUUUGUCGAACAACAAAUGUUGAUUAUCUGCCACAAAGUCAAGCACUGGAGGUACAUGGGUCCAGUUUGAACCAUACGAACGAGGUGCACGAUCAGAGCAUCAAAGAUUUAAACAGUGUUGCUGCUAAAUUGGUUCUUGGCAUGGGAUACACUCAAGAACUUGUCGAAAAAUCAGUCAAACACACAAGAGAACAUUGCAACAACACAGAUCUAAAAGCACAACAACUUCUUGAUUACCUCCUAGACUGCAGUCACAAGAGGUCGACAGAUCCCCAAAACAUAUGGUCUAGUAAUCCCACAGGGGGUGACAGUGUCAACCAUUUACAAACAUCAAGCGGUAAAGGAAAUAUUGUUCCGACAAAUAAAAGAAAUUCUCUAAAAGAAGAAAACAGACAUCUGAAAGAACAGAUAAUGUGCAAAAUAUGUAUGGACAAAGAUGCAAACAUUGUGUUUCUCCCAUGCGGUCACAUGGUUUCUUGUGUUGAAUGUGCGCAUGCGUUGAGAAAAUGUGCAGUUUGUCGUUCAAUUAUUCAAGGAACCGUGCGAACAUAUCCCGCAUAAUAAUUGCGAUGCUGUAAUUUACUUUGGAAAAUCUACUUACAUCGUAUGUUUGUUGUUAAUAAAAUAAUCAUGGCCAUUGGUUUGUCGGUUUCGCAGGAAUUGAAUAGCCGAGUGGUUAAAUAUCUAAACAUCUGAACGAUGAACCAUGGUAAAUUAUAAACCCCAUGAAGGUCAUGUAGUUCUGCUUUCAGCUGCAAAGUUAUAAGUAUACAUGUGUAAUGAAAAGAGAGUUUUAUCAUUUAUCAAGGAUUAGAAAAAAGAAGAAUUGUUCUAAGAAACAUUCUUGAAAUUAAAGAAAUGUAUUUUCAACAAAUCUAUUUUUCAUAACGAUGACUUUUUAUUAUGAUUUGAAUUUUUAGUAUGUAUGUACAAGGGAAUUUCAGAUUUCAGCUAGGUACAAUUUUCAUUCAUUUUUUUAUCAUUUCUAUAUUUGUCUGAGUUAUCCUGAAUGUAUGAUAGUACCAUAAACAUAAUGUUUUCUUCA